AUGUCAACCCCUUUAACUGAACAGUCCAUUGAGGAUUUGUAUCAGAGUUUAAAGAAUAUUACGAAUGAUCCUGAUGUCCAAUUAUUCGAAGAUAAAUUGACCAAGCUGAACUUAAACGACGUCAAGGCGAAAGAUGCUGCAUCGGUUGACAAAACCAUACAAGACAAGUUCUUGAGACCAUCUCAUAUUUUACCGUGGUCGAUUUUGGAUUCUGUUCAGAAAGUCCCAGACCUGCAGUCCAAGACGCUCGACUAUAAAGAUCUGCUGACCCCACCAGAACGCAUUACAAGAACAGCCUACUACUUCAAAAGAAAAGGUCUUGCCGGGAAAAUCUCUCACUAUCAGGAGGAAGUAUCGUUAAAGGAGGUCGCUAAUGCCAAUGCGUCCAAUUCUUUGUCCAUAACGAGAAGUUUGAACCAUCAUGGUAACAUAGUAAGAGGGAACACAUCGCAGCUUCCUUUCACUCCAGGUGGUGUACCUUUGCAAUCUAUGAAUGCAGCUCCAAUUUCAAACUUGCUCCAUAAGGAUAAAGAUGGACUAUUUGACAUCCCAGAUGGGUUUUCGAGGGGUAUCGUCCCAAGAGAUGAAGUUGAAACGUUUCCAAAUGAUGAAGGUGGCGAAGCUGUCGAGCACGAUGUGAAAGAGCUGGACAAAUUGGAUAACGCACAUGAAGUUAAACAGGAAGUCAGUGACAUGAAGUUGAGAGCAGAACAGCAAGCGAACCAAGAGUUGUCGGAUAGGUUCAGAACUGCCAAGACAACAUCGAGUAAAAAUGCUGUUGAUGACACGAUUUCAGGAAUUGACGAUUUACUGCCCAUGGAUAUCAAUUUUGGUAGAUCCGUUGCCACAAUGAAAAACAUUCUGAAAAGGAAGGAGUGGGCCCAUGUCGUCGACUUGAACCACAAAAUUACCAACUUUAAUGAGCUAGUUCCCAACCAAGCAAGGACAUGGUCCUUUGAGCUCGACACUUUCCAAAAGGAGGCCAUUUUCCAUUUGGAACAAGGUGACUCGGUUUUCGUUGCUGCACAUACGUCUGCAGGGAAGACUGUAGUGGCAGAGUACGCAAUUGCAAUGGCGAAGCGUAAUAUGACGAAGACCAUCUACACUUCUCCAAUCAAAGCGUUGUCCAAUCAAAAAUUUAGAGACUUUAAAGAGACAUUUGAAGAUAUUGACGUUGGUUUGAUUACCGGUGAUGUGCAAAUCAACCCAGAGGCAAAUUGUUUGAUUAUGACUACUGAAAUUUUGAGAUCAAUGUUGUACCGUGGUGCCGAUUUGAUUAGAGACGUGGAAUUCGUCAUAUUUGAUGAAGUUCACUAUGUUAACGAUCAAGAUAGAGGGGUAGUAUGGGAGGAGGUGAUUAUCAUGUUGCCGCAGCACGUCAAGUUUAUCCUGCUGUCUGCAACUGUUCCUAACACUUACGAAUUUGCGACCUGGAUUGGAAGAACUAAACAGAAAAACAUCUAUGUUAUAUCUACCCCCAAAAGACCCGUACCGUUGGAAGUUAACAUUUGGGCAAAAGGACAAAUGAUACCUGUUAUAUCACCAGCCAGAGAGUUUUUAGAAACAAACUUCAACAAGCACAAGGAUCUUUUAUCAGGAACUAAGGCUGAUGCCACACCUCAGAAUAAUAGCAGAGGUGGGGCACAAGCCGGUAGAGGGAAUGGCAAGCCGGGUGCUGGUAGAGGCGGUGCUAGAGGCGGUGCUAGAGGCGGUGCUAGAGGCGGUGGCCGUGGCGGUCGUGGAGGAAAUGGAUCUCGCGGCGCAGGCGCCAUUGGUUCUAACAGGCGCCAAUUCUUUCAGAGAAGUGCUCCCUCCAAAAAGACAUGGCCUGAGUUGGUGAACUAUCUUAGAUCGAAAGAUCUGCUACCCAUGGUCGUCUUUGUAUUCAGUAAGAAGCGCUGUGAGGAAUAUGCUGAUUGGUUAGAAGGGAUAAAUUUCUGUAAUAACAAGGAGAAAUCGCAGAUCUAUAUGUUCAUCGAAAAGUCAAUUACACGGUUGAGAAAAGAAGAUAGAGAGUUACCUCAAAUACUGAAGAUUAGAUCGCUGUUGGAGAGGGGUAUCGCUGUUCAUCACGGUGGUUUGCUUCCCAUUGUCAAGGAACUCAUUGAGAUUUUGUUUGCAAAGGGAUUUAUCAAAGUUCUGUUUGCCACUGAAACCUUUGCUAUGGGUUUAAAUCUUCCAACUAGGACAGUCGUUUUCAGCGAAAUAAGAAAGCAUGACGGUAACGGGUUAAGAGAUUUAACCCCUGGCGAAUUCACACAAAUGGCUGGUAGGGCAGGACGGAGAGGUUUGGAUAAAACGGGUACUGUCAUUGUUAUGGCUUAUAGUGAACCACUACAAAAGGGUUCUUUCAAAGAGGUAUCCCUAGGUGUUCCAACAAAGUUGCAGUCCCAGUUUAGACUAACAUACAAUAUGAUCCUGAACUUGUUAAGGAUUGAAGCUUUGAAAGUUGAAGAAAUGAUUAAAUACUCAUUCAGUGAAAAUACGAAUCAAACUUCACACCCUGAACAUGAAAAGAAAAUCAAGAAACUUCAAGUAGAGCUUGAAACUGUCGAAGACUGCAAAUGUGACGUAUGCUCCAAAGAUUUGGACAGAUUUUUGAAUGCUACAGUCAAAUACAAGCAAAAUACCUCGAACAUCCUCACUGAACUAUCAAAGUCUGCAGACAUUUUUAAGGUCCUUCGUAUUGGUAGACUGGUUGUGUUAAGGGAUGCGAAACAAAAACACAGAUUGGGAUUUAUUUUCAAAAAUGACCUCAACUCCAAGACUUCGACAGUACUGAUAUUUACAAAACCAGCAGGGCUGCCUGAUGGGUCCCCAAAUUUCUUACCAUACAUUGGGUACUUGAAAGCAUAUGCGAAAAACAAUUUCCAGCCAUUUGAAAGAGAAGACUUCUUUUUUGAAAUUGUGCCCUUUACAUCCAUAGAGCAGGUCACAAUAUUCAUAUUGAAAGUUCAAUACAAAAAUUUGCUAGAUCAGGAAGAGCAAGCCUUGAAAGACUUCCAUACAGAAACCUCCAUGAUUCUUAGAUAUUCUCAAAAAUUGAAGGAGGUGUCAAUGAACAUGAGGGGUAACAUCAAGGUACAUCAAGAAAGUUUAGAAAGAGAGAAUAUCAAGAAGGAAUUGGUUUCGCUAGAGUCCUUUGGGUGUCCAAAGCUUGCUGAACAUUUUGUUCCCGGAUAUAAAAGAUAUGCCAUUGAAGAUGAGAUCGAAUUGCUAACCCACCUAAUGUCCGAUGAAAAUUUGAAUCUAUUACCCGAUUACGAGAAGCGGUUGGCUGUAUUGCAGUCGGCAGGGUUUAUUGACAGUAAUCAUAAUGUUGAGCUGAAAGGAAGGGUUGCCUGUGAAAUUAACUCAGGAUAUGAACUGGUCAUCACCGAGCUAAUCCUGGAUAACUUCCUUGGUGAUUUCGAACCUGAAGAAAUUGUCGCUUUGUUAUCUGUUUUUGUCUAUGAGGGUAGAACGAGGGAGGAGGAACCACCUAUUGCGACUCCAAGACUGAUAAAGGGUAAGAAGAGAAUUCAAGAGAUUUAUCAAAGAAUGUUGACUGUAUAUGAAGAGAACCAAGUUCCUUUGACCCAGGAAGAGGCCGAAUUUUUGGACAAGAAGCGUUUUGCCUUGAUGAAUGUUGUUUACGAGUGGGCGAGAGGUCUAUCGUUCAAGGAGAUUAUGCAGAUCAGUCCGGAAGCGGAAGGUACUGUCGUCAGGGUCAUUACUUGGUUAGACGAAAUAUGUCGUCAAGUAAAAACAGCGUCCAUUAUUAUUGGUAACCCCGCGCUACAAAUGAAAAUGAGCAGGGCCCAAGAACUGAUCAAAAGAGAUAUUGUCUUUGCAGCAAGUUUGUACUUGUAA